AUGAACAUCCCGUCCUGCGUGUCGCGUCCCGUUCCUACCGUUGCGCCCCCGCUGCGCCCUGUCCGUUCGUCGCGCUCCGUGUGCCCUGCCGGUCGCGUCGCGCUCGUCCCGUCCGUCCCGUCUGUCCCGUCCAUCCCAGCCGUUCCGUCUCAUCCGUUGUGUCCGUCCGUCGCAUUGCGCUCCCCCCUGUCUGCCCCGUCCGUCGCGCUCCCCCCCGUCAGUCUCGUCCGUCGCUCUCCCCCCCGUCCGUCCCGCCCGUCGCGCUUCCCCCCGUCCGUCCCGUCUAUCGCGCUCCCCCCUGUCCAUCCCGUCCGUCACGCUCCCCCCGUCCGUCCAGUCCGUCGAGCCGUGUGCGCCCAGCCCGUCGCGUCGUCAUCGCCGCGCCAGCCCUUCUCGCCACGCCGCGCCAGCCCGUCCCGUUGCGCUGCACCAGCCCAUCUCGCCACGCCGUACCGUCCUGUCCUGCCGAGCCGCGCCUUCCUGCCCGUCCCAUCCAGCCGAGCCGCGCCCGUCGCCUCGCGCUGCCUAUCCUGCUUACCGCGCCCUACCCUAACGUCCUGUAGUGCACUGAGCUUCUUGCACUACCUGUCAUACCCUUCUCAGGCUCCAGAAUUUAGGGUUUCAGCAGUGACAGUUCCACCCGCUAUGGCGACCUCUAGGUCCGAGGAGACCCACUUUACUCAAGUUCGCACGGCUAGUGAGUUCCUGACUGCGAUCAAGGCCCGCUACGCUACUCCCACCACAGUCUCUCUUGGUCGCCUGUUCCUUCUAAUCCCGUUUCCUGACCUCGCCUCGUUUGAGCGCAUUGCUGAUUUGAUUGCUCACCUCCGCUCGCUCGAUUCUAGCUACCGCGCUGCUUGCACUGACGCACAGCUUGCACUGCUUCCUCCCCCCAUGGCGAUUACCAUAUAUUUCAUCACCACUAGCCUUCCUGACUGCCUUGCCUCGGUUCGUGACGCGCUUCUUCUGAAGCACCCUAGUGAGCUCACUAUUGAGGUCCUUGAGUCUGCGCUCAAGGACGUCGAGAGCAACCUCCGCUCCGUAGCCUCCGCCUCUAAUGCUAUGCCCCCUCCCCUGUUUCACGGGUGCACUGUCCCUCAGCUGCCCACCUUUACUGCCUCCCUUGCCACUUCCGCUACUAUCAUGACCGCAGCUGCUAUUACGACGUCUUCGCGGUCUCAGGGUAGGAGUGGCAGGAGGGGCGGUCAGGGUGCGGGCGGAGGCGGCGGAGGCAGUGGGGGUGACGUGGUGAGCGGCGGCGGUGGGAGUGCAGGGUCUGGAAGAGCUUCUCGUGCAGCGGCCGGUGGCUCCACUGCAGCGGCUGGUGGAGGUGACGCCCGGGUUCGUCAGCCACCUACAGGUCUGACAGACGCAGGGGGUGGAGCAGCAGCGUGGUACCUGACUCGGCAGCAGCAGCAGCAGCUACCUGACUCGGCGUGGUACCUGACUCGGCAGCAGCAGCAGUAG